AAUUUUCUUCCUUGUACGACGUGGACCUCCAGUGAAGGUUCUCGAGCAUCUGGCAUCGCGUCUCGAGUCGUCAACAUCCAAGAUGGCGGCCGCUGCAGCUCGGCCCAUGCCCAAACGUCAAGAAGGUUUUGAAAAAUGGAUUUGCCUGUAUCCUGCAUACAUCAAUAAAGACAAAUCAAGAGCUGAAGGAAGGAGAAUACCCAAGGAAAAGGCAGUGACAGCCCCAACCUUUAAGGAGAUAAUUGAUGUGUUAUUUGAUGAUCCAUGUUGCAGAGAAGAUUCCUCAGCUAAAGAGUAGAACAAACCCUAAACAAACUCAGGAAACUCAGC